CGGUUUGCUGGGACUGAAGGCCGUUACCGCAGGCUGGGGAUGGAAGUAACAGACGGUGAUGGCACAAUGAAAGGCUUUGUCCAGUGAACAGAGGCACUUUUAGGGUCGGGGACAUCGCCGCAUGCGAGGCCGGCGGGAGACAGCGGCGUCGGGGCCUCUCGCGACGCUCGGCUGUCCCCUCUCCGCCCCGCCCAGUGGGUCCGGGGGCGGCGGCCGCGCUGAGGGACCCGCCCCCGGGGAAACGCUCGUGCUCGGGCCUCCCAGCCCUCACCCGCCAGACACCGAGGCCCCGAGCGCGGGGCGCCUGCUCGCGUGCCUGCAGCCGGUCCAGGACGGUUGUUGGCCUGGAACGGAAGAUAAGGAAGCAUCUUCUGAACAGAGCAUUUCUGUAGGAGUAUCACAGAUCAGGACCAUCAAGGCAGAUUCAUCUCCCCAGAAGGCCCAGGCCUUUGAGAUGUGUGGCCCACUCCUGAGAGAUAUCUUGCACUUGCCUGAACUUGGCAUCAGAAUUUCCCUGCCAAGCUUCAGCAGUACCAGAGACAGCACUUUAGAGAGAUACCCUUCAGAAGUUCUGUGCACAGAGCCUUGUUGGUAAAGAGCUGCACAACGCAUGUGUCAGGGAGACCCUUUUCCUGUGGGGAGAUUGGCAACGACUUCUUAGCCAGCAUGGAAUUCUUCCAUCAACCAGUGACUCACACUGAAGAGACAAAGGACAGUAAUGAGACAGCCUCUCCCACCGUGAGGCUGCCUUUCACGGUGGGAGAAGGCAAUGAAGCCUUCAGCUACGCAGAAACACUAGUUGAGGACCAAAGACUCCUCACUAGAGAAGUGCUUUAUGAGUGCAGCAAAUGUGGAAAAGCCUGUAGCCGAAGAUGUAACCUCAUUCAGUACCAGAAAGUCCACACUGGAGAAAGACCUUAUGAGUGUCAUGAAUGUGGGAAAUCUUCUAGCCAAAGCUAUAGCCUUAAUAGCCAUUGGAAAGUUCAUACUGGAGAAAAAGCUUAUGAAUACAGGGAAUGUGAAAAAUCUUUUACUCAAAGAUCCAACCUCAUACAUCAUCAGAAAGGUCAACCUGGAGAAAGGCUUUAUCAGCGUGGUGAUUGUGGAAAAUCCUUCAGCCGAAGCUCCAUGCUCAUUCACCACAGGAGACUUCAUACUGGAGAAAGGCCUUAUGAGUGCAGUAAAUGUGGGAAAUCCUUUAAGCAAAGCUCCAGUCUCAGUUCACAUCGAAAAGUCCACACAGGAGAAAGGCCUUAUAAGUGUAGAGAAUGUGGAAAAUCAUUUAGCUGCAAACCUCACCUCAUUAUCUACCUGAGAGUUCAUACUGGAGAAAAGCCUUAUGAAUGUCAAGAGUGUGAAAAAUCCUUUAGCUGCAAAUCGAACCUCAUUGAUCACCUAAGAGGUCACCCUGGAGAAAGGCCUUAUGAUUGUGGAGAGUGUGGGAAAUCCUUUAGUCAAAGAUCCAUCCUCCUUCAACAUCAGAGAAUGCAUAGUGGAGAAAGGCCUUAUGAUUGUGGAGAGUGUGGGAAAUCCUUUAGUCAAAGAUCCAUCUUCCUUCAACAUCAGAAAAUUCAUAGUGGAGAAAGGCCUUAUGGCUGCAAAGACUGUGGGAAGUCUUUCAGCCGAAAGUUCAGCCUCAUUUACCACUGGAGCAUUCACAGUGGGGAACGACCUCAUCAGUGAAGAGUGUGGAAAAUCACUUAGCUGCAAAUCUAACG